UAUCUGAGGCGAUAAUCGGUGGGCCUAUCCGUCCUCGAUAUAUAUAAUUUAGUAGCAAAACUUUCAUUCUUUAAGAACACCAUCGUGAAUAUUGUUAUAAAAAAAAAUACGUAAAUAUGUUUCUACCAGUGUUUAUUGUGCUGCAGUUUGCCUUUGUGACGGUGUCCUCAUCUGUCAUAUUUGAAGAUUGCGGGUCUGCUUACGAACUGAAGGCUGUGAAUAUUGACGGAUGUGGCAAGAAGCUUCCUUGCUACGUCACCCUCGGUGAAGAUGUACCCGUCAGCUUAGAUUUCUAUGCUGAUUUCGUGUCGCGCAACUUGGAUCAAGACGUAGUGAUUAAUAUUAAUCACAUCAAUUUAAGAACACAAGUCAGUCCUGAACGUUGUGAGAUUUACGACUGCCCGGUGACAACGGAUACCGUGACCUCCUUCACCAGUGUGAUGUCAGUGCCCACCAGUAUUGCUUUGAACCAGCGAGGCUACCUGCGGUGGAGGAUCGAAAACGAAUUCGGAAACCAAGUGCUGUGUUACUCAGUGCUAGUCCAGACACAGAGUCCACUGCAAAAAAUGCUGCGUCAUCUUUGGAGAAAUGUGACAACCGGCUAUAGACCCUGACACUAACACUACACCAUCGCUUCACUUCAUCACUUCUUACCAACUAAUUAAAACGAGCUGCUUAUAUUUAUUUUGAAUUUGUUGUUUCGUUUUUUACUAGCAUCAAUGUGGUGAUAUAGCCACUACUUUCUUUGACUUUCUUUGAUCAUUAGAUCAUAGAAAAUCUAUUUUGCGAAAACAUGAUUAGGGAAACUACUAUGAGUAAAAGUUAGUAUCACUAUCGCCAGUAUACCUUGGAAGACUUGCAAGCGACCAUCGACCAGGUUAACGAAAUAAUUUCUGAUGAACUAGAUUCAAGGGCUAUGCGGAGUUUCCGAUAUUUGCUGAAGAGUAAUUUUGACCUCAGUUUCAUUAUUUGUUUAACUAAGCCUAACCUACCAGAACAUACAGUGUAAAAGACCAAAAAAGAAAGCUCGUUUUUAAAUAAGAUUCGCAUGUCAUGUUUUCGAAUUUAAUUAAACAUUGGCUAAAUUAACUUA